AUGGGUGCUCUGCACGAAGGCCACCUAGAACUCGUUCGACAUGCUCUAAGAGAGAACUCUGACGUCUUCGUCUCAAUAUAUGUCAACCCCACGCAAUUUGGUGUAAAUGAAGACCUGGACAAGUACCCGAAGACAUGGGUGGCCGACAUGGACAAAUUACAAAGGUUGAGGAAAGACUUCGACCAACAGAGGGGAAAAGGGACGACUGGAGAAAUAGUUGGCAUUUUCGCUCCGACAACCCGUGUGAUGUAUCCAACUCUACCACCGACUUCCGAGAUCGAUGGGGAAGGCUCCUUUGUGACGAUCACACCGAUUGGGAAGUGGCUCGAGGGUUCGAGUCGUCCGGUCUUCUUCCGCGGUGUGGCAACCGUAUGCACCAAGCUGUUCAACGUUGUGCAGCCCGACCGAGUGUAUUUCGGUCAGAAAGAUAUACAGCAGUCCGUGCUGAUCAAGAGGAUGGUCAAGGACUUUCAUAUUCCAACAGAGGUCAGGGUCAUUCCCACAAUUCGUGAAUCAGAUGGUCUGGCUAUGAGCAGUCGAAACGUGUUUCUUGGUAAGAGAAGGCGAAACGAUGUCUCGGUGCUGUCCAGAGCACUUCUGAGUGCUCGAUCCAUCUACAAUAUGGGCGAGCUGUCAGCAGGUGAAAUUCGACGCACAGCCUUUCAGAUCUUCGACGAGGUCUUGCAGAAGAAAGAUGGUGCUUAUUUGGGAGCUGGAAAGAUUGAGAUUGAUUACAUCGUUCUGACGAAGACUGACGACAUGACAACUAUCGACGAUGAGGCGGAGGUUGACCCGUCAGAAGGCGCGAUCUUGAGUGCAGCCAUAAAAACCCACAAACUGAAGAAGAGCGCCAACAGAUAG